AUGCUUGCAAUAAUUGUAGACGGAGAAAGUGCAGAUUCAGAGCCCCCAGACGCCUCAGAAGUGGAGUAUCUGCAGCCGAAUGAAACGGAAGGAGAAUCUGUUUUAGAGCGCUGGGGCUAUCUUUCUGCUAAAUGUACUAAAGCAAACAACUUAGGCGCCAAGGGAAACCCUAACAUUCUCGGAUAUAAAUUCAUCUCCAAGUGA